CUUAGCUACAAUAUUCUUGGCGACAUGCAUCUUAUGGCUGUACUGGGCGGCAAAAGCCCGACGCAUGGACCAGAUGACGGCGUCCCUGCCGGCGCUACCAACAUUACCACUUAUUGGAAAUGGGUCACUAUUCCUAGGAGACACACAACAGAUCCUAAAAAAUCUAUGGACGCUCGCAGACUUAGCGUUCAAACACAAGAACUCGGCAAAACUAUGGCUCGGCCCUAAAUUAUACGUAGCAAUCGGAGAUCCUGAAGACGCUCAAGUAGUUCUAGAAAAUUGUUUAGAUAAAGAUGUAGUGUAUCGAUUCCUUCGACCUUGGCUUGGCCACGGACUUUUCGUGGCUCCGGUAAAUCUAUGGAAAGCGCAUAGAAAAGUGCUACUUCCAGUUUUCCACAACAAAAUAGUGGAAGAAUAUUUGGGUGUGAUUGCUGAACAGGCGGACGUUCUCAUAGAGCGGUUAAGUGAACGAGUCGAUGGAAAGCAGUUCGAUGUUCUCAAGUACAUUACUGCUUGCACUUUGGACAUAGUUUUUGAAACAGCAAUGGGUGAGCGUAUGGACGUCCAGCACUCACCAGACACCCCAUACCUGAGAGCACGGCACACUGUCAUGGAAAUCCUCAAUAUGCGCCUAUUCAAGGUCUGGCUCCAACCAGACUGCAUCUUCAAUCUCACUCCGUACGCCAAACAGCAGAGAGAUAACAUCGAUCUUACUCACAAAUUCACUGAUGAGGUUGUCAAGAAGAAGCGUUUAGAAUACGAAAGGAAGAAAGGUGAUAAUAAAGAACAGAAUGAUGGCAAACUCCGCGCUGUCCUUGACUUAUUGUUUGGUAGAGAGAUCGAGUUCACGGACGAACAACUACGAGAGCACAUUGACUCAAUCACCAUAGCUGGCAACGACACCACGGCUCUCGUCAUCGCAUAUACCCUCGUCCUAUUGGGGAUACAUCAGGAUGCACAAGAAAGGGUGCUACAGGAACAAGAGUUAAUAUUCGGUACGUCAACACGAGGAUCUAAUAAAGAAGAUCUACAAAGGAUGCAUUAUCUUGAAAGAGUGAUCAAGGAAAGCAUGAGACUAUACACUGUUGUUCCAAUCAUCGCGAGGAAUAUAGACAAGGACAUUUAUCUGCCUACAUGUGGAGUUACAGUACCAGCUGGCGCUGGAGCCGUGAUAGGAGCUUUUGCAAUUCACCAGUCAGCAGCGUGGGGACCCAAACCUGACAUCUUCGACCCUGACAGGUUUCUGCCCGAAAGGUCUAAAAAUAGACAUCCAGCCGCCUUCCUGCCCUUCAGCUACGGCUCCAGAAACUGCAUUGGACGAAACUUUGGUAUGCUUAUUAUGAAGAGCAUCAUCUCAUCUGUGGUACGGUCCUACAAAAUACAGGCUGACGACAUUGGACCACUCAAAGUUGAAAUGCUCCUGUUUCCAAUUAAUGGACAUCAAGUCAAAAUCACACGUAGAACUUCAUUUCAAUAGGAUAAUGUAUUGUAUUCUAGUGUAUAAGUUAAACACAGUGUACAUAUUAAGGACGUUUUAACUAACAAUAAAACGAUACACC